AUGGCUUACCGCAACAACAACCGUCGUGGUGGUGGCGGUGGCGGUGGAAGCGGCGGUGGCGGAGGUGGCGGCGGUGGUGGUGGCGGCGGCGGUGGCGGUGGCAACUUCGGCAACAACUAUGGCAACCGUAUCAAUCCCUGGGAUGCGGGUGUGGGCGGUGUCCGUGUGAACAAUGAUGCGCUCUCAUUUGCCAACAGUUUAAUUAACAACCUGCUCGGCAAUCAGAACGCGAACCAGGUACCGUCCCUGCUGGAUGGUGUUCAAUCUUCGCGUUUCGACGACAUGAAUGGUUACAACUUCAUUAGGAACCGAUAUGGUAAAAAUCGUAACAUCAAUGGACGUGGCAUACGCAAACCGGAUGCCGUUGCCCGUACCAAGAAUGUGCUGGCGAAGAAUUGUAAUAAACCGUUUAGCAAAGAGGCACUCGGCAAUGCUGGUACCAGCAGCCGUAACAAUGAUCGUAAUAGUGGCAAUAAAGGAGCAAAAAAGGGUAACCUACCGGGUGGACCGGCUGCCGCCGGCGGCAGCAGCGCAAAGGAAAAGGCCUCCACGGCCAAGGCAUCACCGUACAUGGAUGUGUCGAACGAUUUUCUCUACUGUCACAUGUGCGAUAAGCACAUGUACGAUGCCACCUCGUUCGAAAACCACAUCACCGGCCGGACGCACCGCGUGAUGAAGGAAAGCAUCGAGGAAAGCUACCGGAUGCGAGCGACGCUGCUCCGGCAGGAGGCGCGCAUCGCCGAACAGCUCAAAACGAUCGAGAUCGAUCGUCUGAAGCGCAUGGGGAAGGCGAAAAAUUACUACAAGGUGCGCGAGUACUGCCCGAUGUGUGAGCUGUUCUUCUACGGGCACAUUAUCGCCCAUCGGCGCUCGGAGAAGCACUUGGAUUUGAAGAAGUUCCUGCACCCGAAGUGUGACGACUGCGAGCUGGAGUUUCACAACCGUACCGAGUACGACGACCAUCUGCUGUCGGUCGUGCACAUGAAGAAUUGCAAAUCCAAACCGAGCCGGCUGGAGAUCGAGCGGAAGACAAAGCAACUGACCAUCUCCACUAUGAGCGAUGAGCUGCUAGAUAUACGCGAGGAGAUCGCGCCCAAAAAGCGCAAGGACAAACCGGAAGGUUCCGGCUCGGGUGCGAAGCGAUCCGAAGCGGACGGGAAAUCGGUGAGCAAGCAGCAAACAGCAGGCGAACAGUCGACGUCGGGUGGCGCGGGUGAAAAUGGUGACGCGAGCAAAGCGGACGACGAUACGCCCGCCAUGGCCGACUCGACCGUGGAGGAUGGUAGCGAGUGUGGCAAACCGUCCGCGGUGGAGGACGGUGUCGGUGCAACGCUCGACGAUCCGAAGCUGGACGACGAAUGUCCGGAGGACGAGAUGGCGAAGGAGGAAGAAAGCGAAGACUGCAUAUUGGAUUACAAACCGGGCGAUGAGAUAGCGCCGGAAAUCGACAACAAGCUGCCCCGGUACAGGAAGAACCGCGCGCUCGGGUUGAGCCUGAUCGGAAAGCUGGAGUGUGUCGAGUGUCGCAUCUGCCACAAGUACUUUGACAGUGAGGCAACCGGCGAGGUGCACGCCCGCACACAUUCGCACUACCGUGCAUUUAUACGCUUUCUGAACGAGAAGGCGAUGGAGGUACGCAUCGCGCAGAAGCGUGCGGCCGUCGCACUCGAGGAAGCGGAAGCGGCCAAGAAGAAGCAGAAGCUGGCCGACGAAAAGAAGCACACGGCGGAGGACGUGAAUGGCGAGCCGGGGAAUGUGGGCGAAACCGAGAAGAAGGACUCGGACCUGUACGAUCCAUCGGAGGCGACAGAAUCGGGCGAUGCCAGCAUGGCCGAAGAUGGCAAAAGUGAUGAUGGUCAAAACGGAUCGGAACAGAUCGAACCGAUGGAGACGGAUGUGGCCGGUAAGGACACGGACAAGGCGGCGGCAGCAGCAUCCGCGACGGAUGACGAUGAGUCGGGUACGCAACCGGAACCAGACUCCAGCAAGGAGGACGAUUAUAAGGACGCGAAGGAUGAUAAACACAGCGCGAAAGGUGGCAAUCGACGGGGACGAAAUACACGAUCGGGGCGGUUCGCUGGACGGUAUUAGUUAGCUCCAGCCCCAGGGGGAACGUCUGGCGAAUGUAGUGCAACUAGCGAAGCAAAUACUUCUUACCAAAGAAACCCGUUUAAUCUUCGAUGCUAAUGGCGUACGUGCUAAUGCGUCUCGAUUGUUUCCGCGCGAGGGUUAUCGGGGCAAUUCCGUACCCAUUUGCGUACAUUACGGUCAGCAAACAAAUAAACACACACCCACAGGCACAACAAAUCACUUUGGACAUUGAUACACAUCCCAGCAUGCGGUUUCGGGCGGCUAUGGCGACCGGAAAUGGGAAAUGGGUACAUACAUCAUACGUUUUGUGUAGCGCAUUUUACGUCCACACUGCUACUACUACGACUACUACUACUACUUACUACUAACCUACGCCCGUGGUAGCUUUAUUCGCCCACUCCGGGUACUCACCUACACGGCUACAUGCUAUCUAACGCAUCUUGUGCUAAAACAUACACACGCACACGAUAUCGAAUGUAAACCUUGGAUGUGUUUGUAUGUGUGUAUGUGUGUGUGUGUGUGUGUGUGUAUGUAGCGCUUUUAGCAGGAUCAAGGAUCAUUCAUGCAAAUUAACGCCAUAUUGUAAGCAAUGUGGUAAGAUAUCUUCUAUGAGCUCCUUUCGGAACCGGUUGCACAAAGAGAGCGAAAGAUUGAGACAGAGAGAGAGAGAGAGAGAGAGAGAGAGAGGGAGAGAGAGAGAGAGAGACAGAGAACGAGCUAGAGUUUGUGUAUGUAGUGUAGACGGUGUUCACAAGUGAUUAACAAUCGACUUUGCUGAUCGAAUCUGGUUCGAUUCGUUCCAUGGUGCUUUGUUUGUUCAUUAGCUGUUUGCCUAGAUAGAUUCUGUAUGUGUGUGUGUGUGUGUGUGUGUGUGUGUGUGUGUUAACCCACGCAAGCUCUCUUUCGCUUUGUGGCGGAACAUUUGAGUGAUACUAAGGAACCUUAUACGGUCCUUAUACCUUAAUUUUAAUAAAAACCGUACUGCAAAAGGGGUUCGGCACAGGAAUGAGCAAUCGCUUGUUAACAAUAGUAGCAAGAUUUACACUAAAGAUACACACACACGCGCACAUAAAUGGUCGUGCCACCAGCGACUACAGUCCUUUGACAAUAGGAAAUGUGCAUUCCGGAAUGAAAAUGGUAUGUUCGUACUAUUCCUGUUCGAAUACUAAUUAAUUUAACGACUAACAUCCAUUAAAUUUCAGAUACAGUAUAAAAUGAAAUCGCUACAAGGAACAAUGCACGACUGGAAGUUAUGAAAAGGUAUCAAACAUAAUAAAAAAAAAAUCCAAAAUUGAGGCAAAAUGAUGCGAAAAGGAUGAAAAAGAUUCUAAAAGAAAUGAAAAAAUAGGUAAAGUAACAAAAAAAUCCGAUAAAGGUCUUAAACAAACGAAGAGAUACAUACGGCAAGGAAACAAAAAAGAAAAAAAAGCAACAAACAAGAACGAAAUUACCCAAAAAAAAGAAAGAAAAGAAAUGAAAAGAGAGGAAAAGGAAUACUAAAUUGCAAAUAAUUGAAAUAAAAUUUACCGGAAAAGAAGGGAAGAAAAGGAACAUAAAUAAGAAUUGAAACAUAUGGAGUAAAACAACAGUCGUAUCCACUCCGUUCUGUUUGGUUUGAAAGAUCGAACCAGUUUCGUUCCGGUGCGGCCAUGUUUUAUUCAAUCUUGCCCAUCACUACUUUGCAGCCGUAGAACAACCGCUAAACGUAAUUGUAAUUGUUUCUCUUCGUAUACUCUACUCUAGGCACCGAGGCAGCUGAUCAUAACCGUCGUAUUAACCUGUAUGCGAACUGAUCCUCGUGUGUGUGUGUGUGUCUGUGUGUGUGCAAAAUCUGCGCCAUAAGCAAACGCAAAUAUAUAAACGUCAAAAGAACCUUCUGUACGAUGGAAUUUGUUUUCCACUUGGCAAAACAGUCUUUAUCGAGGAACCAUUGCCAAAUGUACGAUUCAAUAGCAAAAUGCCGUCACUAGGACAAUGACACUUGGAUCUGGAUGGUCAAGUCAGUAAAUCAAACAUUUUUCAACCUACUUACCGGAAAACUCGGUAUGCAACUCUGGUUGGAUGGGAAACAUUUCAGCACAUAAAGGCAUUGAUGAAAGCAAACAAAGCAAAACAAAAAAUCGCUUCUAAUUGUGUAGUGCAUUAAAUAUGCGUCAUAUAAAGGAAUUUCCACAUUUUGGGUAGUAACCGUCUACCGUCUACUUAACAAAAAAAAAACAAACAAACAUAACAAAACAACCACAGCAAAUUUGUCUCACUAAUACUCCCGCUCAGGAGCAGAUGAUUCCUCAUCCUCAACACUAACAGUAAUCCGCCUGCGUUUACGCUAUGCGCAAUGUAAUACUAAGUUUUCUUUCUCACUGUAAUGCACCGAACCGGUACAAACACUCAGUCUAAGGUGAUGAAAGUCCAUACGCAAAACCACAAUUAUUCACGCACGAAAACUGAAUGCACACAAUACAUUUGCAGCGCACAGGAAAGCAAACAAAGUAGGCACAGUUGGUGCCGCCCGAAGCUCUACUAGUAGCGCCCAAGACAAUGCCCAACAAAACAAUAUGUGUAAGCUAUCGAUUAGCCGGUUCCGGUCCAAGGAUGUGUAGUGAUUGUUUCGUAGCAAAAAUGUAAUCGUUCAGAAUAACACUAUUAAACCACGCAACGUAAAGGGGGCAACGCUGAAUCAAAUUAAACUCGACCUUAAAAAAAAAACUCAUAUGCACACCCCUAUAUGACACACACUGUACACCGCACACUGUACACUGUAUGUGGCCUUUCGGUGUAAUGCACCCGCCCCAAGCGAUUGGCGGCCUGAUUGGCACUGGCAUUCAAUGAAAUUGUUACAAAAUUACGGAUGGAAUACGGCCAGCUUUGAGGAGAACAAAACGAAACAAACUGUAACACAACGUUUUGCCUCUUGCGUGUUGCCUAGCCUAGUUCGUUAUGACCUAUUCAAUCACGAGAUCAUGCAGGAAUUAUAACCGAUCGGGACACAAGUCCCAGUGAGCGCUCUUACUUACUGCAUCGGGCAACGAUGCGUUCUCUUUUCGGUUGGGGCGAUAAACACGAUUGUUCUGAAAUUCAGAACCACUUACGAAGAGGGACAGACACAGCCGAUCGAACGCUAAGGAACGUUAGGGCUAAGGCAGUGCUACAAAUGGGUUGCGGGUCCCUUUUGCCCUGUUAAAUCAAAGAAGAGUGAGAUUUGAGGGAAAAUUAAUGUAAUAACAAAUUCAAUUGUAGUAACAUACUUUUAGGUGAACCGAUCGAAUCCAUCUGUACGAAGUGGAAGGGGACGAACCGGAUGCGGAUGAAGAACUGCAGAGUGGAUGCGUUAUGGAGCAUUUUACUUGUUCUUGGUGAGGUCAAAACAAAACAUCUCAUUCUGGUGUCGUGGAAGCAGAAGCCCAACACCACGUAUCGAAUGAAAGGGAGAAAAGUGAACUGCAAUGAACAACAACCAAGCAACAAUCGCUGUCGGUAGAACAGCUAGCAAGGCAAAAAGCUUUUGACGAAGGCGAAGCUUUUAGUGGCAAACGGUUCUUGGCAAUGCAAAAAUGAAGUACAUGGUACAGAACCUGUUGAAA